GAGAAAAAGAUAAGCAAAUGGACCGGGCGGUGGAAAUGGAGAGGAGCGACAGGGCUGGCAGGGCAGGCGGAACCGUCGACGAGCCGCGGCGUGGCGGCCAGUGAGGGGGGUUCGGUUCUGAAACGACCCCCGGAAAACCACUCAGCUGGAGGAACCGACGUGUCUGCAGGAGCUGCAAUAACUGGAGAUUCUGCAGGGACGCUGGACUGACAGCGGAAAAGGUCGCUCAGCAUGAGUCGGGAAGGGUGGAUGAAGAAGAAAGCCUUCGCCAGCGAUGACAACGGUUGGAGCGAGAGGGGCGGCUACAUGGCCGCCAAGGUGUCCAAGCUGGAGGAGCAGUUCAGGCUGGACGCCCCGCGGGAGAAGCAGAAGGACGGAGCCUGCUCCAGCAUCUUCGGCGGGGUCGCCAUUUACGUCAACGGAUACACAGAUCCGAGUGCGGACGAACUCCGCAGGCUGAUGAUGCUGCACGGCGGCCAGUUCCACGUCUACUACUCCCGCUCCAAGACCACCCACAUCAUCGCCAGCAACCUGCCCAACUGCAAGGUCCAGGAGCUCAGAGGGGAGAAGGUCAUCCGGCCCGACUGGAUCACUGACAGCAUCGCCGCCGGGCGUCUGCUGCCUUACCUGGAGUACCAGCUGUAUGCUAAGCAGAGGAACGCGCUCUUCCCCGGCGCGACCCGGCGCCAGACCUCAGAGGCGGCGGGACCGAGCCGCGGUUCCGCUCACCCCAACGUCCAUCACAAUCUCCAUCCGCCGCCGCCGUGCAACACUGAGCUCUCUGUUCCCCACAACGGGUGGCCGUCGUCCACCUGCAGGAACAACUCCGUCCCUGUCCCCGGCCGGGCCGGAACCCCCUCCCGGACCCCCCAGCACCACCCAGAGGCCCGUCUGGUUACCGCCCAACCGGAUCGGCCCAUAUCCAGUCAGCUCAUCACGGAGUCCAGACACCCGCCGCGUAGCCCCCACCAGACAAAGCCCCCACACAAGCCUCCACUCCCCGCCCACCCGGAGGAGGAAGAAGCAAAGAUGAACGGACUGAUGCCGACGUCGCCGGACGUCUCCAGCCCUUCUUCACACGCGAGCGAGAAGCAGCGAGGAGGAAGAGCAGGGCCGGGUCCCGCGGGGGCCUCAGCGGGGGGGGCGGACCCCUCCCUGACCAACGGACACGCCCACGUCGUCAACGGAGCCUUCAAGCCGGAGGACCCGCCCCCCGGCGCGGGCCGCCCCCACCCAGACAGACCUCGGCACGCCAAGCCCGACCCGUACGAGUUCCCCCCCAGCCCUCCGAGGACUAGACCGCCCCCCGGCCCGGACCCCGACCCCGAGGGCCCCCCCCGGCCGCUGCAGGGGCCCCCCCUCGACCAAACUCCGGAGUUUAGCCCGCCGUCCUCCGUCCGGCUGAACGGGAGUCUCCACCCCGGGCCGGACCGGCCCCCCAGCCCCCGGGGGCCCGCACGGGGCCCCCCGGGGCUGCAGGACCAGGCCGGGGGCCUCAUCUCGGAGUACUACUCCCACUCGCGGCUGCACCAGAUCUCCACCUGGAGGAUCGGCUUCUCCGACUACGUCAACCAGCUGCACGGCCGGCACACGGCGGGGCCGAGCCCCACGUUCCCGGGGAGGGACCGGCUGAGGAGGUCCGGGGCCCGGAGGCCCGGUGGUCCAGCCGCGCUGAAGUCCUGCAUCCUGCACGUGGACAUGGACUGCUUCUUCGUGUCGGUGGGGAUCCGGCGCCGACCCGAGCUCAAAGGCGAACCCGUCGCUGUGACCAGCAACCGCGGGCCGGGCCGAGUCCCGCCGAGGCCCGGCGCCGACCCCCAGCUGGAGCUGCAGUACUACCAGAGGAAACGGGCUCCUCCCCGACCCGAGGGCGAGGUCGAUCCCCUGCAGGCGACGCCCUCUCAGGAGGGUCCCCCCCCGGGUCCCGGCGGGCCGGACCAGGACCCCGCCGCCCUCUCCAUGGCAGAGAUCGCGUCCUGCAGCUACGAUGCCAGGCAGGCGGGCGUGAAGAACGGGAUGUUCUUCGGCAGAGCCCGGCAGCUGUGCCCCGCGCUCAAGUCCGUCCCAUACGACUUCGAGGCCUACAAGGAGGUGGCGCUCAACAUGUACGAGAUCCUCGCCAGCUACACUCACGACAUCGAGGCGCUGAGCUGCGACGAAGCCCUGCUGGACGGCUCGGCCCUGCUGAACGAGCUGGGGGUCGGACCGGAGGACCUGGCCCGGGCCAUCCGGGCCGACAUCCAGGAGAAGACGGGCUGCUGCGCCUCCGUGGGCAUGGGCUCCAACAUCCUCCUGGCCCGGCUGGCGACCCGCAAGGCCAAACCGGACGGGCAGUAUCACCUGAAGUCUGAAGAGGUGGACGACUUCAUCAGGGACCUGCCGGUGACUCGGCUGCCAGGGGUCGGCCACGUCAUGGGCAGGAAGCUGGCGGACAUGGGGGUGAAGUCCUGCGGCGACCUGCAGCAGGUGUCGCUGCCGCAGCUGCAGAAGAGGUUCGGCUCGCGGACCGGUCAGACGCUGUUCCGGUUCUGCCGGGGCCUGGACGACCGGCCCGUCCGCUACGAGAAGGAGAGGAAGUCCGUCUCCGCGGAGAUGAACUACAACAUCCGCUUCUCCAAGGUCCAGGAGGCCGAGAGUUUCCUCAACAACCUGUCGAUGGAGGUGCAGAAGCGCCUGCAGGACGCGGGUCUGCGCGGCCGCCGGGUCACCCUCAAGGUCAUGGUGCGGAAGGUCGGAGCGCCGCUGGAGCCGGCGAAGUACGGCGGCCACGGCAUCUGUGACAGCCUGGCCAGGACCGUGAUGCUGGCUCAGGCCACCGACAGCGGCCAGACCAUCGCCGCCGCCGUCCUGAAGCUGUUCCACGCCAUGAAGCUGGAGGUGCAGGACCUGAGGGGGCUCGGGAUCCAGGUCCAGCUCCUGGAGGGAAGUCAGCCGCCCCCGCAGGACCCCCGGGGGCCCCGAACCCGCUCCAUCAAGGACAUGCUGCUGGGCCCGGGACCCAGCGCCAGGUCCAAUAACAGAGAUUCUUCAGACGCUCGUACAGAACGGACCCCCCCGACAGCAGUUUGCUCCCCGCCAGACCCGACGUCCCCCGCCGAGCCGGUCCCGGGAACCAGCGACGAGCAGCCGUGGUGCCGGCAGACGCCGAAGCGCUGCCGGACCCGUCUCAACCUCAGCAUCGAGGUCCCGUCCCCCUCCCAGGUGGACCGGUCCGUUCUGGAGGCCCUGCCCGCGGAGCUGAGGGCUCAGGUGGAGCAGUCGUGGACCCGGAGGGACGCCAGGCCCGGCAGCUGCCGUUCACCGGGUCUGCAGCCUCCCGGCCCGAUCCCUCGACCCCCGACUCCUCCUCAGCCGGCCGUUUACACGCCCCCCGCCGGGACGCUGCUCAUCCAGAUCCCCAACCAGCCCGACGGGCCGGGCAUCGUGCUGGAGCUGCCCAACUUCUCACAGGUGGAUCCAGAUGUGUUUGCUGCGCUUCCCAAAGAGCUGCAGGAGGAGCUGAAGUCGGCCUACAGCCGCGCGCUGAGCGUGCAGCCCCAGGUGAAAACAGCGGAGCCCAAGAACCCGCUGCUGCAGCUGAAGCAGAGCGGCGUCGGCGUGGGCCGGGUGAAGCGCCGCUACAAGAGGAAGAACGCAGUCAGCCCGCUGAAGAGAGGGACCUCGCCGCUGAAGAGGUGCCUGACGAGCAACAGUCCCGCCAAAGCUGCAGCCGCGCUGAAGUCCCAGGAGACUCUAAACGCACCAAAGAUUGAAAACGGUCCCUCCACCUCAACCCUGGACAUGGCGGCGUCCGUCACCAAGCCGCCCCCCCGCCCCGCCCCGACGCUGGCGGGGGCCUGUGACCUGGCCGACAUCAAAACCCUCCUGCGGGAGUGGGUCACCACCAUCACAGAACCCAUGGAGGAGGACAUCCUGCAGGUGGUGAAGUACUGCACCGACCUGAUCGAGGACAAAGACCUGGAGAAGCUGGACCUCAUCAUUAAAUACAUGAAAAGGCUGAUGCAGCAGUCGCUGGAGUCCGUGUGGAGCAUGGCGUUCGACUUCAUCCUGGACAACGUGCAGGUGGUUGUGCAGCAGACGUACGGCAGCGUGCUGCAGAUGACAUGAGGGAGGUUUGGGUUUCCUCGCCUUACAAGCCGCUGGACUAAAAUCAAGACAUCUGUUUGAGCGUGUGAAUGUGUCCCGAGCACGUCGUCGCCGCGGCGGCCGCCGUCCGUCCGUCAGCUCAGAGGCCGAGUUUUAAAAGAGAUCAUCCAUAAACACUCAGCACUUCAUUUCUUGUACUUAUUUAUUCAGAAGACGAGCGACUGAAACUGGAAAACAUCAAAUGUUCCCGGUUUCACUAAAAACCCAAAUCAUAGCAGCUUUGUUUUGUAAAAUUCAUCAUUUACUUUUCCUUUGUUUUACUUCUGUUUGAGGACUUUUCUACAGACUGCGCAUGCUUUUCUCGUUUGUUUCUUUUUACACUGUUUUCUGUUUGCUUCCCGGGUUGUUUUGGUUUGAAAUCCGUUUCCUGAUCAGUGUUUUCCAUUUGAUACAAAAGCUGACUCUUUUCUACGAGUGUUAUCAUGUUAAAAUGCAUCUUUCAGCAGUUGUUUUUGUUUUAUUUUAAUGGUUGUGUAGCAAACAUCAGGCAUGCGAUACCCACAUUGGUACAGCAGAAAGACGGUUUUGUUUCAUUAUGGAUUAUUUGGUGCUCUCAUUUCCAGCAAAUAUCUCAGAAAUAUCAACAACUGCUGCACACGGUAAAAAUCUUCUUUGCUUUUCUUCACUUUUUUUAACAAAAAAAAAGUGCCAAAAUCUUUUUAUUAUAAGAGUGUAAAUGCUGUUUUUAAAGAUCCUUGUCAAACCAUUUAAAAGAGACAGAAAUGUACAGAGAGGACUUGCCUCUUAUUGUUUACCUGUAGUGAAUUCUUAGUAAAUAUCUUUAAAUUGUAACUCUUCUCACUCUUUGUGUCAAAAGUGUUCAAACAUGGAAAUCAGAAGCUUUCCAAAGUACUUGGUAAAGGAUUCGCUUCUGAUUCUCUGUAGCACUCAAAUCAAGAGGACAUUGGAAGGAUUCAUUGCAGUCAAGCAGCUUGUUUUUGUAUGUUUUUUGUUGGUUUUUCUCAGUGAGAUGUCCCUUCUAGACGAUGUAACCUUCAUAUGUUCAUUAAGCAUUUGUAUUGUGAGUAAAUGCAAGAUUAUGGCGUGUUUUCACUGCUUUCUUACGUCUAAACUGAAAUAAUGCUGGAUUGUUUAGGAGCAGUCGAUCUUUCUAACUUUGUGGCUCAUCUUUUAUAACUCAGACGUGGGAGUCAACCUAAAAAAGCACAUGGUUUCAUUUCUGUGUUUCUGUGAAUUGAACUUCUGUGGUUGGUUGUUAGAAGUACUCAGCAGACACGACUAGCUGACUUCCGAUCCCUCCGUACGGGGAUGUCGCGUAAGCGAUCGGAAAAAAGAUUGUUAAAGGCAGUAUCCUUAUAUGCAAAUCAGAUCAGCCUGACAUCAUUUGAACACUUGUUGAAAUGAAUGUAAUCUGGAAUGUGUGAAUCCUCACUCACUUUCAGGAUGUUUCUCUUCUCCUGUCAUCGUUCCUGAAAGCAGUGGCCACAGUUGAAAAAUGGCCAGUGUUGUGUUCUUUUAAACUGGCUUGUGCCUGAAGACCUGAAGCUGUGAACUUGUUUGUAAGUUUUCUAAACCUUGACAAUAAACCGAGAACUCUGUUUA